AGGUCCUUCAACAAGUCCACCCCACACUGUCCGCUAAAGAGGACUCCUUGUACUACAUAGAAGAACUCAUCCUACAACUUCUCAAUAAACUAUGUAUUGCCCAGCCAAGGACAGUUCAGGAUGUGGAGGAAAGAGUCCAAAAGACUUUUCCCCACCCGAUCGAUAAAUGGGCCAUAGCAGAUGCUCAGUCAGCCAUAGAAAAACGCAAGCGAAGGAACCCCCUGCUUCUGCCUGUCGAUAAAAUCCAUCCAUUGCUAAAGGAGGUACUUGGUUACAAAGUGGAUUAUAACGUAUCUCUCUACAUCGUGGCCGUGUUGGAAUACAUUUCAGCUGAUAUUCUGAAGCUAGCUGGAAAUUAUGUCUUCAACAUCCGCCAUUAUGAGAUCUCUCAGCAGGACAUUAAAGUGUCCAUGUGCGCUGAUAAGGUCUUGAUGGAUAUGUUUGACCAGGACGAUGACAUUGGCCUUGUUGCAUUAUGUGAUGAGGAGCCUUCCUCCACAGGAGAGCUGAACUACUAUGAGCUGGUGCGGAAUGAAAUAGCUGGAGAGAGGCAGUAUCUGCGAGAACUGAACCUCAUCAUCAAAGUCUUUCGGGAAGCUUUCCUCGCAAACAAAAAGCUGUUUACAUCUACUGAAAUCGAGAUAAUCUUCAGUAAUAUCCUGGACAUCCAUGAACUUACAGUGAAGCUCCUGGGUUUGAUUGAAGAUACUGUGGUGGAGAUGACAGAUGAGAGCAGCCCACAUCCUCUUGUCGGAAGCUGUUUUGAAGACUUAGCUGAGGAGCAAGCCUUCGACCCGUAUGAAACCUUAUCCCAGGACAUCCUUGCCACCCAGUUCCAGGAGCAUUUCAAUAACCUCAUGACUAAACCUAAUGUUCCCCUGCAUUUUCAGUCUAUAUCCGACGGCUUUAAAGAAGCAGUGAGGUACAUCCUCCCUCGUCUCAUGCUGGUUCCUGUUUACCACUGUUUGCACUAUUUUGAAUUGUUGGAGCUGUUACAAGAACGCAGCGAGGACCAGGAGGACAGAGAAUGUUUAAAACAAGCCAUCACUGCUCAGCUGAAAUCUCCGAUGUAGCAUGGAGCGCAUCUACAACAAGCACUCCCCACGACGCCGUCCAGGAGAACCUAUUUGGCGUCUUUACAACCGUCAAAUGCGCAGCAAGCACCUGGCUAUCAAGAAGAUGAACGAGAUCCAGAAAAACAUUGAUGGCUGGGAAGGGAAAGAUAUUGGGCAGUGCUGUAACGAGUUUAUCAUGGAGGGUUCCUUGACAAGAGUCGGGGCCAAACACGAGAGACACAUUUUUCUGUUUGACGGACUGAUGAUCAGCUGCAAGAUGAACCACGGCCAGUCUCGCAUCCCCGGUUACAACACAGCCGAGUACCGCCUGAAGGAGAAGUUCAUCAUGAGGAAGGUGCAGGUUGUAGAUCGGGAAGAUACAGGCGAGUAUAAACACGCCUUUGAGUUACUCUCUAAAGAUGAGAACUGCAUUAUUUUUGCUGCCAAGACGGCAGAGGAAAAAAACAACUGGAUGGCGGCUUUGAUUACUCUGCAGUACCGCAGCACCUUGGAUCGGAUGUUGGACUCUGUGCUGAUCCAGGAAGAGAAUGAGCAGCCACUGCGUUUACCAAGUCCAGAUGUCUAUCGCUUUGUGGAGACGGAUUCGGAAGAGAACAUUGUGUUUGAGGACAAUGUGCAAAGUAGAGGCGGAAUUCCCAUCAUAAAGGGAGGGACUGUGGUGAAACUCAUUGAAAGACUGACAUAUCAUAUGUAUGCAGAUCCUAACUUCGUUCGAACUUUUCUAACAACAUAUCGCUCUUUUUGUAAGCCGCAGGAGUUACUAAGUCUGCUCAUUGAAAGGUUUGAAAUCCCAGAUCCUGAACCCACAGAAGCAGACAGACUGGCAAUAGAGAAAGGAGAACAGCCAAUCAGCACCAACCUUAAGAGAUUUCGAAAAGAAUAUGUUCAGCCAGUGCAACUCAGGGUUUUAAAUGUAUUUCGGCAUUGGGUUGAACAUCAUUUCUAUGAUUUUGAAAGAGACCAAGAGCUUCUAGAUCGAUUAGAAACCUUUAUCUCCAGUGUUAAAGGUAAAUCCAUGAAGAAAUGGGUUGAGUCCAUUGCCAAGAUAAUCAGAAGGAAGAAGCAAGCACAGGCUAAUGGAGUCAGUCACAACAUCACAUUCGAGAGCCCGCCACCUCCCAUUGAGUGGCACAUUAGCCGUGCCGGUCAGUUUGAGACAUUUGACUUGAUGACUCUGCACCCCAUAGAGAUUGCUCGCCAACUGACCUUGAUCGAGUCCGACCUGUACAGGGCUGUGCAGCCAUCAGAACUUGUAGGAAGCGUUUGGUCGACAAAAGAAGACAAAGAAAUUAAUUCCCCUAACUUGCUUAAGAUGAUUCGCCAUACUACGAAUCUGACACUUUGGUUUGAAAAGUGUCUCGUAGAAACUGAAAAUUUUGAGGAGCGGGUGGCUGUCUUCAGUCGAAUCAUUGAAAUCCUUCAGGUGUUUCAAGAUUUAAACAAUUUUAAUGGUGUUUUAGAGAUAGUGAGUGCAGUGAACUCUGUUCCUGUGUAUCGGCUGGAUCACACCUUUGAGGCGUUACAGGAAAGGAAGAGGAAAAUCUUGGAUGAAGCAGUGGAACUUAGUCAGGAUCACUUCAAAAAAUAUCUGGCAAAACUCAAGUCAAUCAACCCACCUUGUGUGCCUUUCUUUGGAAUAUAUUUAACCAAUAUACUGAAGACUGAAGAAGGUAACCCGGACUUCCUGAAGAGACAUGGCAAAGAGCUCAUCAAUUUCAGCAAGAGGCGGAAAGUGGCAGAAAUCACGGGAGAGAUUCAGCAGUAUCAGAACCAGCCUUACUGUUUACGGAUAGAAACCGAUAUCCGGAGAUUCUUCGAGAAUUUGAACCCGAUGGGGAACACACCUGAGAAAGAUUUUACAGAUUAUUUAUUCAAUAAAUCUCUGGAAAUUGAACCCAGAGGCUGCAAACAGCCGCCAAGAUUUCCACGGAAAACCACAUAUCCACUCAAGUCACCAGGCAUACGACCAAACAGCGGGAGACACUUGUCAUCCUCUGGAACGCUGCGCGGACACCCUAUGCCCCUGGAGAGAGAACCUUAUAAGAUCAGUUUCAGCAGAAUUACUGAAUCCGAACAUGAGUCAACGACCUCCCCACCCAUUUCCCCCAACACCCCCUCUACUCCUCCUGUGUCUGCGUCCUCUGAACUCAGCGUCUUCUUGGACCUAGAUCUGAGCAGCAACAGCAUUUUUGCCCCAGUUCUUCUGCCGAAUCCCAAGUCCUUCUUCAAUUCUUAUAAUAACCUGCACAGGUUAAGUGAAGAUCCUCUGCUUCCUCCUCCAUUACCUCCACGGAAGAAGUUUGAUCCGGACUCCAUUAGCUUGGCAAGCUCCAGAGCAGAUGAGGACCCACCUGCCAUUCCACCGAGAUUGCCUCCACCUCCAAAGAUUCAGCCACGGGUCCCUGCUUAUACGGGGCCCUUUGAUGGACCUUUACACAGCCCACCUCCUCCUCCACCAAGAGAUCCUCUUCCUGACACCCCGCCACCAGUCCCGCUUCGUCCUCCAGAACAUUUUAUAAACUGCCCCCUGAACCUUCAGCCUCCACCCCUUGGACGCCUCCACAGAGAGCAGGAUUGGUUCCGAGAAUCCAGCACUGUCCCAAACUCUCCCAACACCCCUCCCAGCACUCCAUCUCCAAGAGCGCUACGUCGUUGCUGCGGGCUGAGCACCAGUCACAGCAACCUCUUACAGACAGUGGCACCCCCGGUCCCGCCUCGGCAGAACUCCAGUCCUCAGCUACCUAAACUGCCACCAAAGACUUACAAAAGGGAAUUCUCCCACCCUCCUUUGCACAGACUAACCUUGUUGGAAAAUACAGAAACCCCGCAAUGA